AUGAAGUGUCAUCAAGGUUCUAACGGUCCGGGUGGCUCUCUGACUGCCGUUAAGAAUGCCGCCCCUAUUCUAGGACCUAAGACCGUGAUAUCUGUUGGAGCGUGCAGUGGUCUCAGCCCUGACAAAACCAAGUUAGGUGACGUUGUUGUAUCAGCCAAACUAACAACAUAUGCAUCCAAAGUAGUGACAAGCGACCAAGAGCAGUGGGCUGGUAUUAGCAGUUACGUGAGCAGACGGUUUCUUAACAUCAUCACGAAUUGCGCUGAUGGGUGGCAACCACCUUUGAAGAACCCAGAAGAUCGCUACAUCAACGUUCAUAACAAUGGCGAGUUCUUAAGUGGUCCCGAGCAGAUUAAAGCAGAAUGGAGGCGAAAAGAACUUCUAGACCGUCAUCCCCUCGCAAAGGGUGUAGAGAUGGAGGGAGAAGGUGAGUGCGUGUCACUUUUAAAAGCGCCUCAAGCGUGCGCUACAUGACCUCAAGGUCAUGUAGGUAGCUAUAAUUCGACCAAAUAUAUCUUCGCCGUUGUCAAUGCCAUAGUAUGGUAUAACACGUCGCAAACGUGUACCUUCAUGGCUUAGGGUUUGAUACAUUUUCAUUAAUUUGCGUUUUUGUCACGUGCACUUUUUAUCUUUAUAUAUAUACUCAUUCGUGUACCUAACGUCGGUGGGAGAGUGAAACACAAGUUGUUUUUUCAACUGAGUUUAUAGAAACAGUUUCAUCAUCAUCAUCAUCAUCAUCAUCAUCAUCAUCAGGCGACCGAAGAGCAGUCGACAGUAAGUCCUGUAAGUCGUCUCCAACUGGCUCAGUCUUGGGCAGUGUGCACGAUGUCAUCCUCUGAAAAAUGCUUAUUCGGGUCAGUACAUUUCUCUACUUGGCUGAAAAUGGACUUCUGCGAUCUCUCUGGGGGAUUUGUACCGUGGGAGGGUUCAUACAACGUGAAGAUGUUGUCGGGUUAUACCUUAUUGUAAAAGAGAUUGUUAAGUUUGAUAUUUCGAACGCCAGCCCUCUGUCAGAGCAGAUCGUGGUAUUGUUGUCUAGUUUCUGAUAUAUGUCGAGUGAUGCACUAGGAGCAACCCUCUUGGUGACGGCAUGCAAACAUAAAAAGAAAAACAGGAAUAAAGAAGGUGUAGGAAAAAUGUUCACAGAACUGAAAGUUGCAGUCAAAAAAGCAAAACCAAACGUCACGAAAAUCAUUAUAACCUAUCUUACUUUCUGUCCUUGGGUUGUAGAAAUCUUUUGAUUCAGCCUUUUCUUCUUGUCUCGGGUCUGUUUACUUUCAGUUUGCAAAAAAAGAGAAAUUAAUUGUCAAAAAUAUUAUUAGAUGCGAAUUAGAAAGUUGACGAUUGCAAGUGAGGGUAUGCGCCAGUCAAAUUUUUUUAGUUUCUUUUAUGUAUAAGAGGUAAUUUUCAGAAAGUAAUACAUCCUAAAUGUGUUCCAUAUUUUAGGUGUUUUCACAGCUGCAUUUGAUACUCAACUCGAGUGGCUCAUUGUUAAAGGGAUAGCUGACUUUGCGGAUGGUGAGCAAGUGAAUGCAGAACGUUGGGAAACCUGUGCUAGUGCCAUGGCAGCAUCUCUUGUAUCACACAUACUCAGUGAUCCUGGUGUUUUUCGCACUUGGCCUCAUUACCAAGGUAUCGAAUGUUUGUAAGUUUAGCCAGUUGUAACUUAAUACAGGAGUAGAGGAUAAUUUGCGUUUAGUUGAAGGUACUUAUUGGUUUGUCCAAUGUUCCAUAUUCAUUGCCAUAUUCAUUGCCAAUGUUAGUCAUGAAACAAGAUCGGCCUCAUUAAACCACGAGUUUAACGUUUUAAGAGUAAACCUCCCUAGAGUCGCAAUCGCCCGAGAAAGAUGUCUGAGUCAACAAGCUGCUAAUGCC